GGAGGGAGGGAGAGAGACGGACACUGAAAGGCGGUGGAUUAAGAGAGAGCCGCGGGAGGUCGCCGUCAGCCUCGGGUUGUCUGGUAUCGUCGCCGGUCUCCGACCGUUAGGCAAACGUUGAGCGUCGCCUCCCCUGGGGCGCGCGUGCACGCGGACCGGGCGGCGGCGCGCUUGGAACGGGGCCCGGGGACGCGCUGACCUUGCAGCGAACGCGCUCCAGGAAUAACACCCCCCUUCUUGCUCAAGAAGGGAGCGAGCUGCAAAAAUUAAAAGCAUCGCGUCCGAGAGAAGGAAGGAUCCGAGCAUUUACCGGCGUCUCCACCUCUCCUGUUACCCGGUGUCCAUCUCAGGAGUUACAGCACCGGUUGUGUGGAGAUAAUUAUUCCCGUGUGAAAUUAUGGAUGCAGUUGUACACCUCAUUAAUGACUCCUUGGAAUUCUAUCGAUGGAGUCUCACCAUUGCAGACAAACGGGUGGAAAAUUGGACUUUGAUGCAGUCUCCCUUGCUUACGCUGGCAGUGAGCAGUCUUUACCUUCUCUUUGUUUGGCUGGGUCCAAAAUGGAUGAAGAACAGGGAGCCUUUUCAGUUACGAUCUCUGCUUAUUUUCUACAACUUUGGAAUGGUUAUACUAAAUUUCUACAUCUUUAAGGAGCUCUUUUUUGCUGCAAGAGCAGCAGGAUAUAGUUAUAUCUGUCAGACUGUCAAAUACACAGAUGAUGUCAAUGAAGUGCGGAUAGCUUCGGCCUUGUGGUGGUAUUAUGUCUCAAAAGGGGUUGAAUACAUGGACACAGUAUUUUUUAUACUGAGGAAGAAAUUUAACCAGAUCAGCUUCCUACAUGUCUAUCAUCACUUCACAAUGUUUACCCUGUGGUGGAUUGGAAUCAAAUGGGUCGCAGGAGGACAAUCUUUUUUUGGAGCUCAUAUGAAUGCUAUCAUCCAUAUUAUUAUGUACUUGUACUAUGGACUUGCAGCGUGUGGCCCUCAGUUUCAGAAAUAUCUCUGGUGGAAGCGAUACUUGACCAUCUUACAACUGGUACAGUUUCAUGUGACUAUAGGUCAUACUGCGUACUCCCUCUACAUUGAUUGCCCUUUUCCAAGAUGGAUGCACUGGGCAUUGAUCGCUUAUGCCAUUUCCUUCAUUUUCCUCUUCGCCAACUUCUAUUACCAGACCUACAGGGGUCCAAAGAAAGACCACAUCAAGACUGGAAAGGUGGUUGUGAAUGGCAGUGCAAUGGCUAACGGAAUAAUCAAGUCAGAAAACAAGCUAGUGACAGAAAAUGGGAAAAAGAAAAAAAAAGGAAAAGCCAAACGUGAAUAAGACAUACUGACAAAGGUUAAAGUAAAAAAAAUGUGUUUGCAAAUUGUCAGCAAAAGAUAGCUGUAUGCAUUUCCAGCUGGCUUUGAACAAGUCUAUUGUACCCGUUGCUAUCUUUGUAAUUUAUGAUAUUUACCUUGAUUGAAAUUUAUUAUCAAUACAUUGGUAUUGAGAUUAAUACAGACAGGAUAUUCACCUUUAAUGAAUUGCACUGAAAGAAGAACAUGAAUUUUUCCCUUUUCCAAAUCUAAACCCCAAUUUAAAUUUAUUUUUAUUGUUAAGUUUGCUGUUUUACUGGACCCUGCUAAAUAGCCUUUUCCUUUAAUUCUACCUCAGUUAUAAUGCUGCUUUCUCAUAGCUACAUUUUUCUAUUAUAUAGAGAAGUUUAGAUUUAUCCCUUGUUUUCAGUUCAUGUUGACGGAUCCAUAGGAUAGUCAAGGAAAUAUAUUUAUUGGUUUUAAUGUUUAUCAUUCUACUGAUGAUCUUAACAUAGAGUUGUCUGUCAAUGUUGGAAGUGUUGAUCAGUGUCUGGUUCUUUUUUAAAAAGACAGUAUUUGUUGUAGUAACAUAAAAUUUUAAUUCACAACUUCACUACAUAUCUUGCAUUUCUUUUCAGCAAGAUCAAAAUAUUAUUCUGCUAAUUUCAAGCAAAAUGGUACAUUAGAGAGUAAUACAAACGGUCAGGCAAGGGUGGCUCGGUGGAGUAGCGGUAGAGCUACUGCCUUACAGCGCCAGAGACCGGGUUCGCUCCUGACUAAGGGUGCUUGUCUGUAUGGAGUUUGUACGUUCUCCCCGUGACCUGCGUGGGUUUUCUCCGAGAUCUUUGGUUUCCUCCCACACUCCAAAGACGUACAGGUUAGUAGGUUAAUUGGCUUGGUGUUAAUGUAAAUCGUCCUUGGUAUGUGUAGGAUAGUGAAAAUGUGCAGGGACGCUGGUCGGUGCGGACUCAGUGUGCCAAAGGGCCUGUUUCCGCGCUGUAUCUCUAAACUAAACUAAAAAAACUAAACAUACCCACUGCUCUAUCCCUUCCUUUAAUUUGCUUCCCUUGUCAGUGGAUGAUACUGCGGUGUAGGUUUGUGAUCGGAUAUGUAAACAACCUAGCACAACAUGUAUUUUUUAAUCUGAUCCUAGAUAUUAAAUAUUGUUUACCAGUUUCUCCUUUACAAGGGGAAUUGUUUGAUGGUGAUUCCCUGUUCGUGCUCCCAUUGCUCUCUUGAGGACACUCAGAGAUAGGAAUCCGGAGUGACAUCCUUUCACUCAAAGUUGACUAAAACCAGAUGUAGUUCUCUCAUGGUCUCGCUGGUUGAUCCUAGUCAAUUCAAACUUAGUCAGCGAAACUGGACUUUUCUGUCACUAUCACUUGGUAUCAGCUUGCAUUAAUCUACCAAUCAACAGGUAGAGGAUAUACCUUUAUGAUGAAAAUCACCAAAUCUCACACCAUUUAUGUCAGGACAAUGAAAUUGAAUUGUCUUUUUGCAUGUUUUCAGGGUAUGAAGUAUGAAUAUGAAGAGUGAAUUGUGCAUUGUGUUCACUGCUACUCUUACAGAAACCGUGGUUUGUAUCAGAAAAAGUGCAUGUUUUAAACUGAAAAAUAUUUUCAAUUAUUCAACAAAACCUGUUACUGUGUGCAAUUAGAAAUUUUUAUUUGGUAUUGGCAUUUGUUUAUUGCAACAAGUAAUACAUUUCAUUACUAAAUAAAAAAAUUAAAUAAUAAAAUCAUACAAUGGAAAUACAAAGGGUUGUGCUGUCACAAGACUUGUGUUUCUAAGUUUAAAUUAGUAAAGUUAUCCAUAAUUUGGAUUUGCCGAGAAGUGGAAUUUGGAGCAAAUAAAAUCGAUCUGUAUGAUGACAUUACAACAGACUACUAUAAUGUAAGAGUCUUUAACUGUGUAAAAGAAGAAAGUUAUUGUUUAAAAAUGUUUCAAUUUAUUGUGUAAAGGAAAAUUGUAAUGGAACAGCAUGAAAGACUGGUUAUACAAUUAUAAUUCAAGUUGUUACACAGAUUUAAAACAUGUUCUAACAGUUAAGCUGAGCCAAUACCUAUUUAAUCAAGAAUGGAACAACCUAGUUUCAAGCAAAGUGCUCCUUCUUGGGGACGAUUUACUGUAUUGCCUGAAUAAGCACACUCAUGAUGCAAAUUGUUCUCUGUUUGAUAAAAUGUUGUCAACAAAAA